UUGAUCCAGAAUCCCGAGAAAAUUCACUUUUUAUGCCCUUCGGUGUGAGUGCAUGUGUUGACGAAGGGACGGGAGACAUUGCGUGGAGCAUUAAGUGUUGGCACCCCUGGUCGGCUGUUGAGCCCGUCACCUCCGAGAAAGCUCUCGACUCUUUCCCUCCUUCACCCUUUUCACCCUCCUCCCUCGACCUGCCAUCACCACGCGUAAAACCUUGCAAAACGCGAAAUAUUCCCCAAUCCUAGGAUUGAUCUAUGGUCUAAAUUUACAGACAAGGGAAAAAACCAGGAGCACUGGCGCAGACAAGGCAGAAGGGGGCGAACUCUCCUGUCAGCGCCAUGAUCUCCUCCAACACCAGAGCCACGCGAUCGCGAAUUUCAAGCCCACAACAGGCAGGAUCAAACGGUGGCUCGAGUACACCAGCUGUCAAGAGCACGGGCGCAGACGAUCAGAAGACAUUUAUGCAGAGGUGGUUGGAGCCUCCUGUUCAGGUCCGACCGAGCUACCAGGACGCAGGAUUGGUGCGGCACGGAGUGGUCGAAGGAAUGGCACCACUGGGCACCAUGCCAAAGGUGGGCAUCUUUAAGAAAGCUGUCACACCUGCGGAGCCUACACCACCUCGGAAGAUUGUCCUAAAGCGGCCUGUUCCCAGCAGCAUCCCCCCUACAGCCCCGACAAAUGAUCCUGCAGAGGAUGAUGAUACAGAGGAGGAAGAGGGCGAGGGUGAUGGCGACGAGGAAGCAGAGGAGGGGAUUCCACCUCCACCUUCUGCAGCUUUAGCUUCCCGGCGGUCCCUCACUUCGCGUGAGGCUGACGAUGAUGAGGAUUGGGCUCCGACCAGGGCAGGAGCAACAGCCUCGUCAGGCUACAAGAGUCUUGCACGGCGGAGCUUGGUGCCUCGGGCCAGUGCUGGGAGAUCAGGCUCCGUAUCUUCUCCUCUACAGCCGACAAGCACAUCCGGGGCAUCACGGGCUUCUGAUAUAAAAGAGGCUGCUGACAAAGUGGUCGAGCAUGCGGUGGAUGAAGCACUCAAGCACUUCCGAUACCCCACAGCCUGGGCCCUGAGGACCCUGUAUGACGAAAAUUCAUCAAAUCCCGAGUUUCUCACAAUGGUCGAAGAGGUCUAUUCGCAAACCGCUGACCCUGGCACCCUCGAAGAAUUUGCCCGCCUUGUCCACGAGAAAAAAAAGGAAGGCAAGAAAGACAACAAAGGCUGCUACUACUUCGUCCCUCCCUCAACAAACAAUCGCUUCAUCCCCCACAAGCCGAAGCGAGCGCCAUACUCGGAUCUAGUCCGGCUUGAAUUGCCCAACCUUGAAGAAGUUGAUGGUGAUCAAAAACAACCUGAUCAAGAAGCUGAUCAAAACCUCGGCCACCAAGUGCACCCGGGCGACUCUCAGCUGAGGAUGAAUCGCCGGUCAGCCAAGCAUCCUGACUCACCUUCCAAGAUGGCUUCCAAAACGGCGGCCAACGGAAUGAACGGCACGGCCAAGACAGCGACACCGCGCAAGACCCGGGCCAAUUCAGGCUCUAGCUCGUCAUCACUCUCUUCAGCCCGCUCCAUGACCCCACCAGAUAGUAUUGAGCACGGCGACAUCUUUGAUGUGCCACCCUCGCGGGCGAGCCCAGCUGCCGAGACCAGCAACAAUGUGCCCACCCCCGCGCCCCAGCCAAUCGUGGGCCGACGGCGAUCCAACCAAGCAAAAAAGACUGAGAACGUGUCACCCACCCCCCAAGCUGCCUCUUCUUCCACUACCACUACUGCCGCAACCACCACUAUUACCACGCGCCGCCAGCAGCAACGUUCUUCUUCCGCCACAGCUGCCACCCCCAGCAUGCCUGCCGCAGUUGAGCCUCCUCUCUUCCCCAACCUGUCAUCCAAGAAGGGCACUCAGAAACCGGCCCGCGGUCCUAUCUUCCCAAGCAAGGUUGGGACUCUUGAUGAAAACGACGCGAAGCUGCGUUUGAAACUGAAGGCCAGAAAUGUCACCAAUGGCUCGGGGCCCGUACCGGAGAGCUACAGCCGGGAAGGGACCCCGAGAGAGGCACUUCGCCCAGACGUGUCUCGCCCGCAGAUGCCUCGUCUGCGAAUUCCUGCCACUGAUGCGCCGCGUCCCACCGAUGCACCUCGUUCCACUACGCGAGCUCGUACAUCGCUCCCGGCAACGAGCUCAUCGGCCGCGGGCCUGAACUUGAGGAGCACACGAUCUUCCCGCAAGCGAUCCCACGACGAGAUGGACGGGCCGGUGUCUCCCGCCACUGCGCAGUUCCCCCAAUCCGAGGCUGCUUCUACCGCCGCGAAUUCUCGGGCUGGCACUCCUGCAUUACGGCCAGCAAAGAAGACGAGGACCGGCCUCCGAGUCAAGUCUUCGCCCAUGAAGAAGAAAACAGGCACAUCUGCCGGAAUCCCUCGCGCCAGCGGAGAGAGAAGCAGCCCGAUGGCCAACGGCACAGCCACCAAAGAGGACGACAACGAUGACUACUGCUCAUCUUGUGGCGGAAAUGGUGAUCUGGUAUGCUGCGACGGCUGCACACGUUCAUUCCAUCUGAGCUGCGUCGACCCACCUCUUAUCGAGGACCGGAUGCCUGCCGAGUGGUUCUGCAAUGUGUGUCGGAGCACCCGCGACCCCGCCAGCUUUCCCGCUCACUCUGGUGCCUUCGGCACUCUCCUGGAAACUCUCGAUGCGAAGAACUCGAGCGCCUUCCGCCUCCCCGGCUCUGUUCGCGAGUAUUUUGACGGUGCACGAACCGGCGUCGAUGGAGAAUAUGAGGAGAUUGUGCCUGUGCCAAAGGUGACCCGGAAGAGGAAGAGCGAUGAGGACCAGGUUCCCGACUUUUUCAGGCUGCGGGAUAACGAUGGUGGCGCCGCCCUCUGCCACGCCUGCCAGAAGGCAACGUCGGACAACCGAGCCAUCAUUCCCUGCAGUCACUGCCCUCUUUGGUGGCACCUCGAUUGCCUUGAUCCGCCCAUGGCUAACCCACCCGUGCUCCGCACCUGGCGUUGCCCUUGUCACGUAGAUGACAUUCUCGCCAAGUUCCCUGGGGCUCUUGGCCCAGCCCACAAGUUCCGCAAGAUCAAGCAUGCUCCGGCUAUAAGCCCCAUCUUUUCACGUGGAAACGUCAACAAUGGCUUUAUCGAAAUUGAGCCCGAAGAGAGCGAAGACGAGAGCGGCUGGAAGGACGUAAACACCUUUGGCAAAACUUAUCGGCUACCCGAGACAGGCAUCAAGCUCGAUUUCUUCUCACGGGCUCGUGAGAACCGCAAAGGCAAACCUAUCGCGCCGCUUGCGGCCAGCAUUCCGCGAGCACCCACGCCCUUACCCCUUGCCAGCCGCAGCCUAGAAGAACAACAAGCUGCUCUCAACCUCGCCCGGCUUAGUAGCCAGAGCUCCACCGGUGUUAACACCCUGGUUGACGCCCUCCUGGCUGAGGCCGAUCCAGCUGUGGUCUCGCUCAUUGCCCGUGGAAAUCCCGAUCGAAUCGAAAACAACAACCUGGAUCGAUUUGAUAGACAGAGCCUUCACGCCAUGCUUGCUCAGAUAGAACAAAUGACGAGCCGUAUCAGGGGCGCGCUUCUUCCCCCGGCCGAGGAGCAGCACGCCUCGCCUGCCGAGGGUGAUGCUACCGCGGUAAACUCGGAGGCAACACAAGUCGAGUCCGAGCAUACCGCCUCUGGAGCUCACGAUAAGAACCUCCCUUCCCCUGCGGCAACCGAAUACGUCACCACCGGCACUCAGCCGAAGGAGGAAAAAGCCUCCAACGACGUGGCCUUGCCCCAGACACCCAUCAACGAUAUGAUGUCUCGGGACGGAGACGUCGCCUUGGAACCCCCAAGUGAUGACCAAACCGCCGUCGAGGAUUAAGCGAUGGGACAUCAGUGGAACCGGCCCACUGCCCGCUCCUCCCCCCCCCCAUAUCCCCCGCCAUCUUCGUCCCCAUCCUCGCAUUAAUCCCUCAACCCCGGUUCACGACACCCCAAACAAUACACGUCGAUCGCCUGCAUCAUAGAAUUAGCGUUGCAUUUCCAGACAGGGAAGCAGGAAAUUUUGCUUUCCGUCAAGAGAGUUAGCAGGGUCCCUUCUUCCUCCUGUUUUUACGACGGACACUGCCUCUCUCUAUAUAUCCCU